AACUAGAUUUUAUAGGCGUCGAUCAGCCGUCCAAGGAAAAGUCAUUGGAGACUUCCGGUUAAAGAAAAUAUCAACUUGGUGCAGGUCGCGUUUCAACCGCGCAAUGCGUCAACUCACUGGGACAUGAGAGCAAGAUUACGACGUGAGAGGUUUACCACCCCGAUAAAUCUCAUCAUUGACAGCGCAUGAAAAAAAAAACAUUCUUGUCGCAGUCGAAGGCUGCCCAUUUCAACGGAUCUUUGAGCCCAUGUAUCGCUUUUAGCUUCUCCACUGAAAAGACGCCGAGUGGCUUCACUUGCACUCUUCCAACAAUCAUGGUAGGCUCUCGUCGCGUACGGAGGCGGUCCGUGCCAACUUGUCCAUUCCUCCCGACGUAUGUGGCGCUGCUAGAGCCGCUGCACCUGAGAAUGCAAUCCGCUCGCGACAGCAAGCGGCCUCUCUUCAUCCUGCAAGUCCAACGACGCAGUAUUUCCAACAAUGACAGGCACAGCUCGGCCGGUAGCAACAACUACUGGAGCGCUCCACGUCCAUUUGAGGAAUUUGAGGCGCUGCACAAACGGAUGAUAAUGGCACUUCAGCACGGCCAUUUUUGCAACGCGGGAUGCCCAUGGCUUUUCUCGUUCCUAACAAGUGAGUUCCCGAAAAAACACAUUUUCCAGCGGAAUUUCAGUCCGAAAACCGUCGAAACACGAAGAGAAAAGCUGCUGGAGCUGUUGACGUCCACGGUCGAGUUUCUACUGGACAGGAAAAACCACAAAUGCACCGUGGCGACAAUCGACGUUGCCAAGCUCUUGGUCGAGUUCCUUUACGGUGAUGAUACCGUCGCUCACUUCAGUGUGAAGUCGCUCUCUGAGUCGGAGACUUCCUCGUCGAGUAACAACUACAGUCAACUUCAAAGUCUAGGCGUUUGGUGUGAAGGUGGGGGAGACACAGGCAGCCACGACAACAAUGCAUGUAGUAUGCUGAGUAUCUGUGGCGUCUGCAACGGGUCCUUGGUCUGUCAAGUGAACGACAGACCGAGAAUCAGUCGUGUCAAUUCCAGUAGUCGCCGCCGAUCCUCCGUCUACGAGACAGUGUUGCAGUGCGGCCACCAAUUUCACGAUGAAUGCAUCGUGCCCGUGCUACACGAGACGCUGCGCUGUCCGACCUGCCACCACUUAGAGAUCCAGUAGCGAUGAUGGCAGAAAAGAAGAACUCAAAGGCAAAGGCAGAGGCUUAAUAAUAACGCCACAGCCCGAUGACAUGAACCCUUGUGGUAAUCCCGAGCAGC